GGUCGAGAUCUGGACUGUAAAAUUCAAGAAUAUAAAGAAGUUGGAAAAACCUUUCCAGAGAGUCAGAUAAUAGAAUGGUUUAUCCAGCUGUUGCUGGGAGUUGAUUACAUGCAUGAAAGGAAGAUACUUCAUCGAGAUUUGAAAUCAAAGAAUAUAUUUCUGAAAAAUAAUAAGCUUAAAAUUGGGGAUUUUGGAGUUUCUCGACUCCUAAUGGGAUCCUGUGAUCUAGCCACCACUUUAACUGGAACUCCCCAUUAUAUGAGCCCGGAGGCUCUGAAACACCAAGGCUACGACACAAAGUCGGAUAUCUGGUCCCUGGCAUGCAUUUUGUAUGAGAUGUGCUGCAUGAAUCAUGCAUUCACUGGCUCCAAUUUCUUAUCCAUUGUUUUAAAAAUUGUUGAAGGAGACACUCCUUCUCUCCCUGAGAGAUACCCAAGACAGCUGAAUGCCAUUAUGGAAAGCAUGUUGAACAAGAGUCCUUCAUUGAGACCAUCUGCAAUAGAAAUUCUAAAACUUCCUUACAUUGAUGAACAACUACAGAUUAGACAUUCUGAUGCAGAGAAUCUGCCUUCAAUGGACCUGAUGUGUCGAUAUUCGAAAAUGGCCCUGGAAGACAAGAAUUUGAAUAGUCAGGAGGAAGCAGCUUAUAUACUUAAUGCUGUGCAAAAAAAGAUUCACCUGCAGACCCUACGGGCACUGUCUGAGGUGCAGAAGAUGACACCAAGAGAGAGGAUGCGGGUGAGGAAGGUCCAGGCAGCUGAUGAGGAGGCCAGGAAGCUGAAAAAGCUUGUGGAAGAAAAAUAUGAAGAAAACAACAAACGGAUGCAGGAACUGAGGUCUCGGAACUUCCAGCGGCAGACUGUGGAUGUGCUCCACGAAUUUGAUGACCCAGCUUCAGACAACCUGCCUGAGUCUCAGCCCAUUCCUUCCCUAGAUCUCCGCACACUUGGGUCAAAUGUGGAGGACACCAUAGCUGACCUUGGAAAUCAUGGUAUGAAUUUGCAUCAGUGUUCAGAAGGCUGCUCUUGGAUGACAGAGAUCCCAGAAGACCCGCUUGUGGCUGAAGAGUAUUAUGUUGAUGUAUUUGAUUCCUUUUCUGAAGAAAGUGAGGAGAGUGAGGAAGAAAAAACAGUAUUCUCAAUCAGGGAUGAAGAGGUUGAGGAUGAAGGACCCCAGCCUGUUUACAGGACAAACCAACAGGACAGUGAUAUUGAAGCUCUGGCCAGGUGUUUGGAGCACGUACUGGGCUGCACCACUCUGGACGCAAGGACUGCCACCAGCUCAGCUCCAGACACACCCUCAGAACCAGCAAUUUUCAACAGCGCGAUGGCCAGGACCAGGAUGAAACACAUGCGGGAAUCCGCUGUGCAGAAGCUGGGAGAGGAGGUGUUUGAGGAGGUCUACAGUUACCUCAAGAGAGCAAGGCAGCAGGGAGCCAGCGAGGCAGAGGUCUGGGCAGCUCUGGAAAGAGUGGUGCCUCGAGUCAGCGACUGUUUUGAGGUUGACCAACUACUCUACUUUGAGGAGCAGUUGCUGAUCGCCAGGGCAGAAGGGGUCACUCUUCCCCAGAACCAUCAUGAAGCAGCUGUCAGAAACAAGCGGGUCCCAGUGGACAAGGCGCCUGUGAAAAUCCAUCGGCACUGUCGCUGACCUCUGUUCUGGGACGUGGGUGCAGAGCAGCUGUCUCUACCUUCAAUCCCUUGUCAGUCUCCUUCAGAGCGUAGUAAACCUGGGCCCUAGUGGGUUAGGUCUAUCCUGUGAGACAGGCACAUGGUCAGGUUGUCUUCCUGAAGAGUAGUCCUGCUCUGGUGCCUUUGGGGCUCCAGCAGGGUUGGCUCACCCUGGCCUUGGCCUGGGAGAGGCCACGUGCUCUUCACAUUUCCACUCUGCCGACUGCACUGAGUCUCCAGGUACUGUGGGCUGCCUUCUCCUGAGGGGGUUGGUCCCCAGCCUCUGACAGGCUGAGCUGCUUUUCAGGGGCCAGGUGUACCUGUCUCAGGUUACCUGCUUUUGGCCCACUUUACGUUUGAAUGCCUAACAAGCAAA